AUGCGGCUCCUCAAAUGGAAUGGCGGAGAUGUCUGUCUUGUUGACGCUCCAGAAGAAAUCCCUCCAUAUGCGAUACUAUCACACACUUGGGGCCCAAAGAACACAGAAGUCACUUUUGAAGAUAUGAUUGUUAAAGCCGACAAGAAAAAAGUCGGGUAUGAGAAGCUUCGGUUCUGCGGGCAGCAAGCGCAGCGAGAUGGCCUGGAAUACUUUUGGAUAGACACCUGCUGUAUCGACAAAUCCAGCAGCGCCGAGCUCAGUGAAUCCCUCAACUCCAUGUUCAAGUGGUAUCAGGACUCAGAGACUUGCUACGUUUACCUUUCGGAUGUCUCCCAGAAUCAGGCUCAGCCAGGCUGGGAACUCGCGUUCCGCAAGUGCAAAUGGUUCACUCGCGGUUGGACACUUCAGGAGCUUCUUGCACCUGAAAAGGUUAAAUUCUUUUCUCAAAGAAACGAAUAUAUCGGCGAUAAAGAGUCUCUUGGACAGCUGAUCCAUGACAUCACCAAGAUCCCUCUCGAAGCUCUUCGUGGUAGCUGCCCAUUAUCGAAGUUUUCGGCACACGAUCGAUGUGCUUGGAUGAAUGGCCGGGACACCGCACGACCCGAGGAUCAAGCCUACGCCUUACUGGGCAUUGUUGACGCGUAUUUGCCGUUAAUGUACGGUUGCGGAAAAGACAAAGCGAUGUUCGAGCUUCAUGAAUCUAUAUACGCGCGCGAAAAACAAAAUAUCUCAAUCGUCCAGGUAGACGAAUACCUGAGCAAUCAUCAUUAUAGCAACGAAAGGCUUCGGAUUCAAAGAUUAUCUGGAGAGAACCUAGAUAUGAAGAGCUGCUACAUAAACCUAGCUGUAGUCAGACACAUGUCAGAGGACAAUACAGCACCUGGCAACAAAGAAGCUUCGCCUUUCAAUAUCUUCAGCCGACUCCAGGUGGAUGGCAGAGACGCAGAUCACGGUUUAGAUUUGGCCAAAAUGUUCGACUCACGUCGCACUUCUCGAGGCCUCAUGAAAGCGCCGAGAAGAGUCUUGAUUAGAGGGCGCGCUGGUGUUGGAAAGACCACGCUCUGUAAGAAGAUUGUUUUCGAAUUCAACCGAGGAACCCUGUGGAAUGAUCUUUUUGACAGGGUGUUAUGGGUACCACUACGAACUCUCAAGACUUGGUCACGCGAUAGCCUCACACUGGUGGACUUGUUUCACUACCAUUACUUUCGAGACGAUCCUCGCUUUGGCCAUAUUUUAGCUGAGCGUCUCCGAGCGGAGGUCCAAGUUGGACCGGGAUCGCGUCCUGGAAGCAGGACCUUGUUUAUUCUGGAUGGCCUCGACGAAGUCACUGAGACAUGGAACAUUGAUGAACCGAUGCACGAGUUGCUGGCUAAGCUGCUCGACCAACCUAAUGUCAUUAUUACAUCCCGGCCUCAUGCUCAAUUGCCCUUCGACGUUGGUAAUCCUACUGAUCUUGAACUCGAGACUGUAGGAUUUCAACCCAAACAGGUUGACGAAUAUCUGGAAAUGGCGCUACCAAACUCAAAGGAUAUAAAAGAGAUACAAAUUUUUCUCAAGAGAUUCGCGAUUGUUCAGGGCCUUGCUCGGAUUCCAAUCCUUCUCGAUGCUUUAUGCUAUAUUUGGAGUGACAACGCGGGUAAUAACCCUACAUUGCAAAGUAUGACGAACUUCUACCAAUACGUCCAACAACAAUUGAUGAUCAAGGAUAGCGUCCGUCUAGGGAAGCGGAAAGCAUCUGUUGCAAGUGAUAUGGGGGCUUUGCAGCUGGAGGAUUGCUUCAAAGAUGAGAUAGAAUUGCUUGAAAAGCUCGCAUUUACUGGCAUGGUGAACGAUAUCAUCGAGUUCGAGCCGAAGACGCGCCAUGAUAUCUUAAAGGUCUUCGAAAGCGAAAGUGAGAGGAUACUGCCUGAUCAAUCCAUCCGACAUCUUUCAUUUUUACGAACGUCAGAUCCACAUAAGAAGGGUGCAGAUGUCAACUACCACUUCCUGCAUCUCACUUUCCAGGAAUUCUUUGCUGCAAGCUAUUUUGUGCGCCAGUGGAUAUCACAAUCUGACGAUUUCGUGUUCUACUUGGACCUAAAACAUGGAAAAGGCAAGAAACAAGAGACAAUAUCUGGUUUCCUUGCUCAACACAAGUAUAACCCAAGAUACGACAUCUUCUGGCGCUUUGUUGCCGGGCUGCUAGAUAACGAACAGAACGGCGAUGAGGUAGCAAAAUUUUUCCAGGCGAUAGAAGAAUAUCAUUCACGGGAUCUGUCAGGACCAGCGCAUCAACGACUCGUUAUGCGCUGCCUGAGCGAGGUCUCUGAAAGUCUAGCGUCGAGACGUGACCUGGAAAGAAGAUUGAAAGAAUGGCUUGUUUUUGAGCUUGAAUUUAACAAUGUCUCAUCCUUUGCUAUGGAGAUGGAGAUCCCCGACUAUGUCAUUCUUGAUGUCCUACGACAAACCGGAUCGCUUGUGGACACGACACUCCUUUUAGCCCUUGGUUCAAGGGUAACUCUAUCCAGUUCCGUCCAACGGGAACUCCUAGGCAACCUAGAAUCUAAAGAUCUUCAAAGGCAGUCGAUAGUUGCUCGUAUACUGGGCAAACACGCCAGCGAGUCAGAAGUCCAGGGAGAGCUCUUAGCCCGUUUAGAUGACAAAGACCCGGAUAUCCAAUGCGCCUCUAUCAACACUCUAAGCUACCAAGCUAGCGAGCCCACAGUCAAGAAGGCACUUCUAGCCCGGUUAAGUGAUAGAACCGCCCGAGUGCGAAAAAAUGCUGCUUCUGCACUGACUAGCCAAGCGGGCGACAUUGAAAUUCAACGAGCACUCCAAGCCCGGCUUGGUGAUGAAGAGUCCAUCGUUAGAGGUGCUGCCGCUAUCGCGCUGAGCAGCCACGUCAGUGAUUCUAGAAUUUGGCAGGUACUUAUGCUCGGGUUAAGUGAGAAGGCCAAUGAUGAUCGUGGACUUGCUGCCGUAGCUCUACGCAGCCUGGCUGGUCAGCCCGAGGUUCAACAGGCACUCCUGGCCCAACUAGAUUGCACAGACGGUAGUAAUCGAUAUUAUGCUAUUUAUGCGCUCAAAGAUAAGGUUGGCGAGCCCAAGGUCCAGAAAGCUCUCCUGGCACGACUUCUUGGCGACAAAGAACCUCGUGUCCGAUCGGCUGCUGCUUUCGCACUCGGGAGCCAAACUGGCGAUCCCAAAGUUCAACAGGCAUUGCUAGCCCAAGUGAGUGAUCAAAACACUGAUGUAAGACAAUGUGUUACCCAAGCGCUCGGCGAUCGGGCUGAUGAGUCUGAGGUACAGGAGGCUCUCCUGACCCGACUGAGCGACGAAGACACAUAUGUGCGAUUGACCGCCGCCAACGCGCUUAGCAGCCAAGCCAGUGAACCCAAAGUCCAGCAAGCACUCCUCGCUCGACUGAAUGAUCACGAAUAUAUCCAAUUGAUUGCUGUUAGAACCCUCCUAAGGUACUAUAACAAGCCUCUCCAAGCGUUUAGCGCCGAAGAGAGGUUGGUUAUUGUCAAGAAUCUUUUUAAAACGAGUUUUUGGCAACCGUUCAGCUGGCAGGUUGGGUCCGGUGUUUCUUCCCUCUAUACACCAUGGGGCUUGAUAAAGUUAGACAUUGCGGACACGGAAUCGUUGUGCAACAUCGUCGAACUUAGCCGGCCAGAUGGGUAUCCUCCUAACAUUUUACAGCACGCCGAACCUGGCUCAGGUUUAUGGUCAUCGAGCUUGCAAUGGAUGAGAAAUCUGUUCCGCCGAAACGGACCCUCGUGA